UGCUAUCCCCAUCAGGCAUAGCAGGCGUGGUGGUGGGGAGUGUGGUGAUUGUGAUGCUGGUGCUGCUCGUAUCGCUCUACGUGUGGUACUACAAUUGGGGCCCUGGCAGCCGCAAGGCGUGGGAGAGGGAGCUGCAGCAGGGCUUCAGGAGGUACACGUGGAGGGAGGUGAUGGAGGCGACCAACCAGCUGAGCCCCGACAACCUUCUCGGCAAGGGCGGCUUCGGCUCCGUCUACUGGGGCGUCAUUGGCGGGGAGCAGCAGAGCGGGUGGAGCUCGCGGGUGUGGAAGAGGGCAGAGGCCAGCAGCAGAACCAAAAGCAGUUUCAUGAGUGGGGGAAGCGGCACGAGUGGGGGAAGCGGCACGAGUGGGGGCAGCGGCACGAGUGGGAGCACAACUUCUCUGGUUGAAGCUGCUGCUGGUGCGAAGGGUGCAGGGUCGGGUGGCAAGGUGGCCGGCAGUGCUGAUGGGUCGGACGGGGGGGUGCGUUGUGCGGGCGGCGGUGUCCAUGUGGUGGGCGGCAUGGAGGUGGCUAUCAAGCGGGCGGCUGCUGUGGAGCGAUCGUCCAGUAUCGCCACCAUGUUUGAAGAAGAGGUGAAGGCGGUGUCCAAGUUGAGCCACAAGUACCUCGUGCGCCUCCUCGGCUACUGCAACGAGAACAACGAGCAGGUGUUGGUGUACGAGUAUGUGCGCAACGGGCCCCUUAGCGACCACCUGUAUGCCAAGUUCCAAGGGCACUUGCUGACUUUUGAGGAGCGGCUGGACGCGGCGUUGGGGUUGGCAGAGGGGCUCAGAUACCUGCACUGCCACGCUGAGAAGCCCAUCGUGCACCGUGACAUCAAGCCCUGCAACGUGCUGCUUACAGAGGACUACCAGGUGAAGAUAGCUGACUUCGGGCUGCUGCGGCUGCUGGAUGAUGGGGCGGCCAGGGAGGGCGCGUACACGCGUGUGGCGGGCACGAGGGGGUAUCUGGACCCGGAAUACAUGACGUGUGAGAAGGUGUCGACGGCGAGCGAUGUGUACAGCUACGGUGUGCUGUUGCUCGAGAUGGUGACAGGGCGGCCGGCCACGGCCAGGGACCCGGAGGAUGAGUCUUGUCUCAUCCACAUCACCACUUGGGCGGUGCCACACAUUGAGCGCGGGGAGGCGGUGCCGUACAUAGAGCGCAGGGAGGUGCGGGUGAUAGCGGACGCACGCAUCUCCUCUCCUAGCCUCUCACCUAUUUGUGCCACCCUCCUCUCCCCCCUUCUCCCCCCCCACCAGGCGGUGCCAUACAUAGAGCGCGGGGAGGUGCGGGUGAUAGCGGACGCACGCAUCGCCUCGUCUCUCCUCUAUGUUACCUCACCUGUUGUGCCAUCCUCACACUCCCUUGCCCCAAUGCCCCCACUCUCCCCUCUCCCCCAGGCGGUGCCAUACAUCGAGCGUGGGGAGGUGCGGGUAAUAGCGGACGCGCGCAUCGCCUCGCCGAUCAACCUGCCCUUUCUGCUGCAGAUGGCGCGCACCGCUGCCCUCUGCGUGCAGCUGCCGUCCACGCGCCGCCCGGACAUGGCUGAAGUGGCGCGCGUCAUGCUGGACGCUCGGAGGGGCUUUCAUGCCGCUGCUUCUGCCGCUGCUGCCGGCGCUGCUGCACUCGCCGCUGCUGCUGGUGCAGCUGCUGGUGCUGGUGGUGGGCUGGGUGUGCAGGGAGGAAGACAAGGAGGGGUGGGGGGAGCAGCAGGCGGAGCAGGAGGAGCAGGGGUGAUAGGGGGGGCUGCUGCACUGGCAGCGCAUGUAUCGAGAGGAAUUACGGCUGGGGCGAAGGCGCUGGGGGGGAAGGGGGACGCGCAGGGAGGGGAGGUGGGGAGGAGUGGGAGUGGGAGUGGCAGGAGCGGUAGUGGGCGUUUGGGAGGCAGCCUUAGGGUUAUGCAGAGUGAGAGUAUGAGGAGGUGGGUGCAGUACUUUGCAGGGGGUGGCGGUGCGAGUAGGAGAGACACUGAGAGCUUUGAGGAGAUUAUGCCGAGCAGUACACUCGAGAGCUCAGGGAGAGAGUGGAAUAGUGCAGCUGAGUCGGAAGUGUAUGUGCGUUAG